CCAUCCACCCCCCGUCUGUCUCAAAAAAAAACCACGCAGCCCGAUCCAGAUCCCCAACCUCCUCUCCUCUGCCAACCCACUCGCCGCCGGCCUCCCUUCCACCUCCUCUCCUCCGUCCGUCCGCCCCCAUGCCCCCCGCCGCGCGCGCCACGCUGGCAGCCGCGCGCCCGCCGCUCCCCAUCUCGCGCCGCUGGUGGCGCCGGCGGCGGGGCGGCUGAAGGGAUGCCCGGAGCUGACGGUGGAGGGCGACAUGCGGGAGAUGGCCAAGACGGCGGCCUGGAGCGUCAGCUCCUGCAAGCCCGGCAACGGCGUCGCCUCCAUUCGCGACGACAGCCUCGACACCUACUGGCAGUCAGCGCCCCGCACCCAUCCUCCCCGUCGAAAUCUCUCGUUCUGUCUCGCGGAAUCACAGGCUGAGCCGAGCCGCCGUCGGUGGUGGAUUUUAUUUUUGUUAGGUCGGACGGCGCGCAACCGCACCUGGUCAACAUCUAGUUCCAGAAGAAGGUGCAGCUGCAGUUUGUUGUGCUCUACAUGGAUUUUAAGCUGGACGAGAGCUACACGCCCAGCAAGAUCUCCAUCCGGGCCGGCGACGGCUUCCACAAUCUCAAGGAAAUUAAAACGGUGGACCUUUUGAAGCCAGUAGGAUGGGUUCAUAUAUCAUUAUCUGGCACUGAUCCCCGGGUGAUCGACGAGGACUACUAUGGCCCGGUGGGAGUCGUGCUCUUCAACUACUCGGAGGCAGACUUCACCGUGAAGCCCCGCGACCGUGUCAUAGAGAUUAUCGUCCAGGUGAUUGCGACGCAGGAGGUCCCCGGGGUGGAGGACCUCGAUGCCACCGUCCGGAGGUCACUGAGGUGGAGGACGACGCCACCGUCCGGAGUUCCUCAAGGUGGAGGACCUCGACGCUUUGUACAUACAUCUAGAGAAGUGGUUUGGUUAGGUUGGUGGUGAAAUGCUAGGGAAGGUACCAACCUUUUGAUGAUGGUUGUGUGUGUCCUCGUGAUCUCUUCGAAUUGAGAUGUUGAAUGUUGCAUCCAUGAACACUGCAAGUGUUAAGAUGGUUCUGUGAAAUUUAUUUUGCA